AUGUCGUCGACACACGUAGCUGAAGUCAGCAACAUCGUUAACAAUGGCACAUUCCGUUCCGAAGUAGGCCGGAAGCAACUGACGCUUGCGCUGGGGGGUCUAUAUAUCGCCUCGACUACCGUCACUGCAAAGCCAUCUCUGGUCUGGGAAACCGAAACUGGUUAUCCUCGGUAUUACAUUCCUGCAAAGACGCUCCACAAGGAUAUCAAGACAGACAGCCCCAACGAAUCAGUCAGCCUUGCUCCAGUUAAGACGGUCAAAGGAAAAGAUGGCCAGCCACAUGCUAUCAUCGAGAGCCUGACUGUGGGAUCCAAGAAGACAACAUGGGCGAGGUUUGUCGAUGGACCACUAAAGGGAUAUAUCAGAUUUGACCGGAGCGAGCUUGACGCCUGGUUUGAGAACGGUGCUCUCGCCAAGGCCAUCAAGAACCCCUACAAGCGCAUCGACACCCACGCCGUCACCCACGAUAUUGUGAUCAAAGUCAACGGGGAGAUAGUCGCGCAGUCAAAGGUGGCUGUGAUUCUCAACGAGACUAGAGCUAAGGGAGUAUACUACCUCCCCGCGACGAGUAUCCUGGACUGGGGAAGCGUGGAAAAGAGCGAUCUGAAAUCGGCCUGCCCGUAUAAGGGAGAAGCUUGGUACUUUUCGUUGACUGUAAAGGGCAAGAAGUACGAGAAUCUGAUCUGGUACUACCCGUAUCCCACGCAUGAGAGCAGCGCUAUAGAGGGUCUGUUCAGCUUUUACAACAAGGAAGGCGUGGAUAUCCUGAUUGAUGGGGUGAAGGUCUAA